AUGUACAUUUAUGAUUUACUGGACUACGACAGCCCACGCCAGGGUCCUACCAGCGACCCGACUGCUCCUUCUGAUGGAGACGCGCCUCAGGGCCCCACCACCGCCACUGGAGGUCCUCAGGUUGCCUUGAACAAGAUCUUUCACCACAUUGCCAACAACACCGUGCCCGAGUCGAUUCGACAUGCCCUUUGCUCCAUCAACUACACUAUCCUGGAGAAGGCCAAUGGCAAGUUUCGACCCGUGGGCACGGAUUCCAUCUUCAACAAGGUUGUCAACCGCGCUCUGCUCGAGCAACAGCAGCCCCAUAUUGCCCACUUGCUACAGGCCAGUCCAGAGUUGGCCGUCGGAGUCAAGGACGGCAUUUCAGCAGCGGUUGGCAUGGCCUUUGGUGAGCUUCAAGCCUGUGAGUCUACCCCGGGCUGGACCAUGCUCUCCCUCGAUUUCAAGAGUGCCUUCAACUACACCGACCGAGCACGGCUACACGAGAUUGUGGCCGACAAGGUUCCUGGCCUCUUGCGCGCCUUUGAACGACACUAUGCUCGACCCACUACCCACUGCAUUGUCGACAAGUUCUUCAAGGUGAUUGACAUUGAUGUUGGCCAAGGCAUUGUGCAGGGCAACGAGCUAUCGCCCUUCUUCUUUGCCCUGUACUCCUGUGAGGUCCUGGGUCUCCUCGACGCCACCACUGACUACCGCUGCAAGGUCAUCAAGUACCUCGACGACAUUGUACUGAUGGGUAAUAAUAAAUUAGGUGUUUGA